AUGCAUCUUCGAUCUGUUUUGGAAGUUCUUCGAAAGGAGACUUUGUAUGCUAACCUUAAGAAGUGUACAUUUUGUUCUGACAAAGUGAUUUUCUUAGGUUUUGUGGUCAGCUCGGAAGGCCUUGAGGUAGAUAGUGAAAAGAUUAAGGCGAUUCAGGAAUGGCCGAGACCGACGAGUAUAAGCCAAGUGAGAAGCUUCCAUGGCUUGGCAAGCUUUUAUAGGUGUUUUGUACCCAAUUUCAGUACGUUGGCUGCACCCUUGACAAGUACCAUCGAGAAGAAUUUGACCUUCCAUUGGGGCGAAGAGCAAGAAAAUUCCUUUAAUAUUAUUAAAGAUUGUCCUACUAAAGCUCCAUUGUUAGCCUUACUCGAUUUUUCUAAAACAUUUGAGAUUGAGUGUGAUGCCUCAGAUUUAUACGCUACUGAUGAUGAUUUUGGAGAAAUAUUUGUUUCAUGUGAAAAUGUGGCUGUUGAUAAGUUUUAUAGAUGCGAUGAUUCCGAUUUGAGGGCAAAUCGCUUUGAAGAGUGGGAAGAUGAUACGGCCAUGCCCCAAGUCACACCUAGCUCGAACAAGGAACCUUUGGAGCUGCCCCAAGGUCCUAUCACCCGAUCACGAGCCAAGCAUUUCAAACAGGUUGUUUCGGCUUUAGUGGAUAAAGUUUAG